AUGGCGACCAAGAAGGCUCAGCGACCAAUGUCCGGAACUGCCCUCCGUUCUUCGAGACCUUCCCUGUCGAAGCCCAAUGUGCGAGGACCCCGCACAAGUCGAUCUGCCGCUCACCGAACGAACCCAACCAACUUUGACGGCUAG